GGAGAGAGAAUGAUGAAAGAGAUGACAAAUCCAGAGAGAGGACUGAGAUAAGUACUAUGUGAGAACCUGGGAAUACCCGGAGUGAACAAGAAGGCCAGAUUCUAGACUGGCUGGAUGGAUGGAGUUACAUCUUCGAAAAGACGACGGUCCUCGUGCAGGUAGACACAAACAGAUAAGACUCAAAGAUACCCAUACCUGGUCUACCGGACAAAACCCGGUUGUCAGAGCAACGUCAAACAGAAAGGGAACACCUGCUAUGCUGAUCCUGUUAUAGUAGACACAUGGACACUCAACUGCAAAAUGACUGAUGGCCGAAGUCUUGCACGUAUCAUCCUGUAUAAAGACACUGCAAAUAACUACCUUACCUGAAAACACCUUAAGGAUACAUUGCCACAAGGAACAUUUUACACCAAAGCAAAGCAAAAAAACAAAGGAGAGGUACAGUGAGUGAAGUCAAGAGUGCAGUGCUGGUGUGGCCUGUCCGCUUCUUUCUGCUUCUCCCCUUCACAGUAUGCCAGAGAAAGUGUGCAAGUUUCAAGGUCAGUGUUAUCAUAAGUUGAAGAGAUCAUGUCUGAGACGAGGGGCCCUGUUCCAAGAUCCAUUCUUUCCUCCUUCAGCCGAGUCACUGUUCUACAAAAGGACGCCCCCUCCAGGACUGACAUGGAAGAGACCCAAGGAACUGUGCAAAGACCCUCGGCUAUUUGUGGAUGGAAUCAGCACAAGGGAUCUGCACCAGGGCAGUCUGGGUAACUGCUGGAUGGUUGCAGCCACAUCAUGUUUGGCAGCAGAAUCCUCACUCUGGAAGAAGGUGAUCCCAGACCAUGCUGAACAGGAGUGGCACCCAAAGCGCCCGGAUCUGUAUGCAGGAAUUUUUCACUUCCGUUUCUGGCGGCUGGGCCAGUGGACAGAUGUCGUAGUCGAUGACCGUUUACCAGUCAGCGAGGAUGGAACGCUGUUCUUCUGUCGUUCUGCAACUCCUCGGGAAUUCUGGAGCGCUUUGUUGGAGAAAGCUUAUGCAAAGCUAAAUGGUUGUUAUGAGGCGUUAGAGGGAGGUAAUACAGCCGAAGCCCUAGUUGAUUUUACUGGUGGCGUCUCUGAACCAUUGAGCUUGAAUCAGGAGGAGCUGAUCCUGCAUGCUGACCAGAGAAAAAUGCUGUUCCAGACACUAGCACAUGCACACAGCCAUAAAGCGCUCAUCACCUGUUCCAUUCGGCCAGCAGAAGGAGAGCAGGUAGAAUCAGUUCUGGACUGUGGAUUGAUUAAAGGUCAUGCAUACGGUGUGACUGCAGUCAGAAAACUGCGUAUGUCAGAGACCCUGCAUGGCAUGUGUAAUGCAACUCGUUUGUACAUGGUCCGGAUGAGGAACCCAUGGGGCACGGCAGACUGGACAGGAGCGUGGAGUCUGGGGUCUCCUCAGUGGCAGCAGCUUACCCGAAGAGAACGGGAGAAGAUGGGCCUUAUUGUUCGAGAUGUAGGAGAGUUUUGGAUGGAGUUUGAGGACUUCUGCCGUUACUUUACAGACAUGGUGGUUUGCAGGUUGGCAGAAAAAACCCUCCUCUGGCCACAGUCACAUUGGAGGGAGGUGUGCUGUCAGGGUGCCUGGACCUAUGCAUCUAGGAUUCCACCUCCUCUCUUAUCUUCUUGUCAUCUAAACAUCAAGAACCAGAGGCCUUCAACAGGGCUCCAGUGGUCCAAACAAAGGCCAGCUCAAAGACGAGACAAAAAGGAACAAAGACUGAGUGAAAGGCAGAAAGAGGGACAAGUCCAAGAAGAAAAACAAAAAAAGAAAGAAGGAGAAAAACCAAAGCAAGUUAAGAGCAGAAGGGAGCAUGUGAAAAAACAGGAAGAAGGCAAGGAGAUGAGAUGGGAGAGGCAAAUAGACAGAAGAAGUCGAUGUGGAGGAUGUAUCAAUCACAGAGACACAUUUCUAUACAACCCACAGUUCCUUUUUGAACUGGUUGGAGAAGGGGCAGAGGUGUUGAUAUGUUUGCAACAGGAGGACAGGAGGAUGAAAAGAAGAGAGGGAAGUGGGGAGAACUUACCAAUCGGCUUUGAGGUUCUAAGAGUGGAGGUGAAUCGUGUGUGUCGUGUACAGUGUUUAUGUGAGCAGGCUGCUAGCUCUGUGUAUAUGGACUCCCGUAGUGUUACUCUGCGAGCGACUCUUGGCCCUGGACGCUAUGUCAUCCUCCCCACUACUUUCCAGCCUGGUGCCACUGGUCGGUUCCUUCUACGUUUUUUCUCACACUCACACGUGCACCUCAGGGAGUUGAAGGAAGAGCUUCCUGCCCCUUCAUUGUGGCAGUGUUGUCUUCCUCAGCCCAGCGCUGUAACUACAGUCCAUCUGCUGAAAGCCUCUGGCCUUAGCCAUCCCAAAAAAACAGCUCCUGAUGUUUAUGCUGUCAUCCGUUGUGAGGAAGACUCUGUGAGGACUAAAAUUUUCAAAAAAGAUGGAAGUCCUGAAUUCAACACUAAGGCCAUCUUUUACAGCAGGAACCCAAAGUCCAAAAUAUCCAUUGAGCUGUGGAAAAGAGGUUUGCUGUUGGACACAUUCCUGGGAGGAGCACAAAUUCAGACAGGAGGACAUGAACGCUGUCAAAACAGAGUGAUUGACUUGCAGGGUGGCCAAUCACGAGGCUGUGUAUUUAUAGAGACUUCCUCAAGCCAGUGUCUGACAGACCUGUGACAGACUCAAGGUAAUGACUGAGGAUCAUCAUAUAUGGACUGAACAUCAGAAACAGCUACAUUUCUGCCAUACUUCAGUAUAGAACGGCAACCUUCUGGAACAACCUGGGGUUGUGUGCUUUGCUCAAGGGCACAAUGGUGAUGGUUGAAAGUCAGUGUAUCUGCUGGACAGAUAAUGAAAAAUAUGGAGAUCUUGGAUUAUUUUGCUAGUAAUAAUGCUAAUGAUGUAGCAAAGCUAUGCAAUCCCUGAUAGAAUGUUUUGUUCUAACUAAAUAUAAUUGCAAAAUGAAUUAAUUAUAUCUGGAAUUGAGUUUGAUGCUUUGACUCAGUGUUAAUAGUUGGCACUGAUAUCUCAGGGAGUCUUUAAGGGCUAUGCUAAAAUUUAAGCUUAAAUUCUACGAAACAUAUCUAUUUAAAACAAACACAUAAACUGCCAAAACAACAUCUUAGACUUUAACAUUGAAGGGUAAUAAAUAUUUCAGUCUUUUUUAUCUGUAGUUUUCUUGAACACACACACACAAAUGAAAACAAGAAGGCAAAAAAACAUAUUAUAUAUUUAAAGGGAUAGUUUAUCCAAAAAUGAAAAUCAUAAUUUACUCAUCCUCAUCUGUAUGAUUAGAUUUUUUUUUGUUGUUGUUGUUUUUGAUUGUAAAACACAAAAGAAGGUAUUUUAAAAGUCUCAUUGUAUUUUUGUCCAUACGUUGAACAAAACAACAUUGGGCCCAUAUGACAAAACAGUUGAAACUUUUAAAGUAAGCUUUUAAAGUAAAUUUAUGAUGAUUAUACAAUGAUUAUAUAAAUUAUAAUCUGUAUUUUAUUUAUUUAAAUUGAAAAGAUCUACUCAAGAAUGAACCAAAUAAAUUAUUUCAAGGCAUCUGUCAGAUGUAACCUGUGAUUUGUUCCACCGUGUCUUCGGAAAAUAGUAAUAUAUAAUGUAAAGGGUAAAGGGUUUUCUUCUUCUUAUGAUCGUCAUCUCAGGGACAAUAUCUCCAGCCUACUGAAUUCAUUGCAGCAUAAUGCAUUUGUCUGAUGCUGUUUGCACAUGGCGAGAACCGGUUUAUCUUGCAAUGUUACUGGUUUGAAACCUUUUUAAACCAGGAGUAUUUUUUUUUUUUAGAACCAAACUUUAACACACAGGUGAAGAUGAUUUUACUGUAUAUCUGUAAGUGCAUUCUAAUUCACUGAUUCACUUAGUGAACAGAACGCGAAACUCUGCAUUCCAGUGACCUUUAAUGACUGCACAAUGAAUGGUUCUUUUGGAAACAGGUCAUGCAUUUCCCUGGGUUAAAACAUUGUU